AUGGACUUCUACCAACCCACGUUCCUUUUCCGUCAAAACGCUAUCAGACGCCCCCUUUCUGCAACCAGUUCCCCUUACAUAUCGGGUAACAGCUCCUGCGAAUCGUUAACUUCUUCACAAAAGCUGUCGAGUUGGCUCUUGAACAAUUCUAACACAGGCGACAUGGAAAUCAUGAACAAAGCCUGUUCCCUCGAUAGAGUCAACAUCAAAUCCAACUACUGGAAAAUCCCUGAUGUCAAGAUGAACUUGACGGCAUUGGCCGCAAGCAAUCAGUUUUCUGACCUGCCGCUUUUGGCCAUUUCCAGUGCUAAUGCUGACCAGAACCUCUUCAUCUACGAGCUUGACUCGCUCCAUCACUACUUGACCCACCACACCACCAUCUCACUACCCAACAUUCACGGUUUGGCAUGGGUGCCCAACUGCAACCUGAAAUACUUGGUUACCGGUAACAACAAAGGCUAUGCACAUCUUGUGUCGGUGCCUUUGCCCAACAGCUAUGGCGGAGACCAAUCAGACGAGCUGGCAGAAAUCAUCAAGCGAUUUAACCAUCGCAAGCACUUGAAGUCUGUCAACAAGGACCCAUCUAUUCACACUCAUGCCAAUUCGUGUGUGUCUAAGUUGGGCUUCUUUGAUGAUAACAGUCUAGUUUCCAUCUACGACGAUACGUUGUUCGUGUGGGACAUGAACAGAUGCGAGUCUUCUGCCAAACCUCGCCCACUGAUGAUUUCGGUUGUUCCAGGGAUCUCCAACUUCGACUGCCGUUUGCAUGACUCUUCCAUGUUGGCCAUCUCAGGAUCGUUCGGUGUCUCAUUGUAUGACACCAGAACUCGCAGUCACAACGUACCCAAUGCCAAAGUGGCUGACAAUAUGAACCCUUCCAAAUUGUCCGCCAAUCUUGUCAAAUGGCACCCAACUGACGAGCGUCUUCUUGCUACUGCCCACGGCGAUGGAGUGGUGAGACUCUGGGACGUUCGUAAGGAGGAGCCAUUCUGCGAGCUCACUGGUCAUAGAAACAAGACUGUCACUGCGUUACAAUGGAAUCACAAUGAUAUUUUCACUGGUGCCAGCGACGGCAAUAUCGUUCACUGGGACUUGACUACGGACAUAAACUCAGACCUCACCAAAUCUGCUGAAGCCCUUCGAUCAUGUUCAUUGAAGGAAGGCUUGAGAAGUGUAUCGUUUGAUGCCGUCCACAAUACCCUCGUGGACUCAUUGUCAGAGAGACAAUGUGGAACAAAACUUCCUGCUCUGAACAACCUGAUCAUUGGAAUGUGCCAAGUCAGUGGCUCUGACGGACGCGAAAACCCUUCGGACUGCGAAGUGAUAUCCAUCGAUGGAUCUGCCUUCUUGGGACUCCAUUCCAAGAUCUACGAUGCUGUGAAUAUGGAGAUCGCAACAGGUAAAAUGUACUAUUCUCCAGAAGACUUGACACUCAUGUCCAAGGACGAGAACUCUAACUCGACAUUGGUCGCUUCCAGUGACGAAUUAUCUAUCAAGCCAUUAGAGGUCUCCCGCAAGUCCACUUUCAAGUUACCAAAUCUUGCCAAUUCAUCAGAAACUAUUAAUGACGUGGAAGAGUUGGACAUCCAUGCAUCGUUAGGCAAGUAUUCACACUGCGAAGUUGAAUCCGACAACGAAUUCCAUUUCAAUUUCAACAGUGCCGCAUUGAAGAGUCUCAACCACAGAAGCAGCAGGCUGCCAACGGCGUUACUACCUUCUCUUCCUUCGCUUCCUUUGAUUCCUUCCUAUGCUUCACUGCCUGAGACUCGUUCUUCUCCGACGGCGUCUGAAAAGCUGGGGAAUGAAUCCAUCUACACGCUAUCUACUAACGCUACUCAAUUAGAUGAAUGCGAGACCGGACUCACCAAGACCAUGCUGCUUUCAUUUCUAGAUUCGGAGUUAGAUAAGAUCUGCGCCGAAUUUCAGAAUCACACACAAUUGCUGGUGCUUUAA